CCGGGCUUUCGUGAGGUGUCAGUUUUGUUUCAGUUGUUGUCCGGCGGUCUUCGUGUCGUGUGGUGUCUGCUUCGUGCGUCUCUGAAAUAGCGGAUGCACCAGCAUGGCCGCACAGGGAGCUGAUGGUGUAACACCGCCGGCGGGCGCGGCGGCGGCCGGCUCGGCGGUGGCGGCCGCGCUGCUGGAGCGCUCCCACCCACCGGCCGGACGCACCGUGUCCCACAACCCGACCUCGCCGGAGCGGCGCGGCCACGUGCGGUCGGCCAGUCAGGGCACACAGCUGCCCGGACCGUCCAUCCUCAAAGGGCCCGAGCGGGCGGGCACGGCACGCCGGGGCCACGCGCGUGCCUUCAGCCACGGCGGCGUGGGCCUGGAGGGCCUCGACGAGGUGACGCGCGCCGGCUCAAAGACCGAGUUCACCCUGCCGCCGGGCCAUGAGGCGCGCGAGCGGAGCGGCCGCGGCUCGACGGCGCGCCAGCGGCACGGCUCCCGGCCUGAUAGUCUGUUCCGCGGCCACUCGCGCCAGGCGAGCCGCUCAGAGAGUGUGUACACGCUGCGCCAGACCCAGCAGACCUCCUCCCUCUUCGACUGCCUCUGCUUCUGGCGCAAAAAGACGCUGGAGGAGGCGCGCGUGCGAGUCGUAGUGCCAAACCACACCGUGCCGCCGGACACUCCGGCCAAACAGCACCCGAACGCGGCGUUCGCCAACAACUACGUGCGGACUACCAAGUACACGGUGCUCUCAUUUCUGCCAAAGAACCUGUUCGAGCAGUUUCACCGGUUCGCCAACCUGUACUUUUUGUUUAUCGUGCUGUUGAACUGGGUGCCGGAGAUAUCGGCGUUUGGUCGCGAGGUGGCCAUGCUGCCGCUAGUGUUUGUGAUGGGUGUGACGGCCAUUAAGGACCUGUUCGAGGACCGGCGCCGCUACCUGAGUGACCGCCGGGUCAACACGUCCACCUGCCGCGUCUACGACAGGGACAGUGGCCACUACGUUCAGCGGUUGUGGCGAGACGUGCGAGUCGGCGACCUGGUCCACCUCUCCUGUGACGAGCUGAUCCCGGCCGACCUGCUGCUGCUGCACUGCUCCGACAGCCAGGACGUCUGCUACAUCGAUACCUGUAACCUGGACGGCGAGACCAACCUCAAGCAGCGGCGCGUCGUGCGCGGCCUCGAGGGCAAGCACGAGACGUUCCACGCCAGCAAGUUUUUCGGCACGGUCGAGUGCAACACGCCGACGACCAAGCUGUACCGGUUUCACGGCAGCGUGAUCCACCAGCGGAGCCAGCAGCGCGUGCCCAUCACCAGUGAUAACCUGAUGCUGCGCGAGGGCGUGCUGAAGAACACCGACUACGUGGAGGGCAUCGUGGUCUACGCAGGUCACGAGACCAAGGCGUUGCUGAACAACGGCGGUCCUCGCUACAAGCGCUCCAAGCUGGAGCGGCAGAUGAACAUGGAGGUGAUUUACUGCGUCAUCAUCCUGCUGCUGCUCUGCUUCACCGGCGCUACCGGCUCGGGUCUGUGGCUGGGCGGCUUCUCGGACACGGUGCCCUUCUUCCCCUACUCGUACAACUCGCUCAACCCGCCGCUGGAGGGCUUCAUCACCUUCUGGACCUUCGUCAUCAUCCUGCAGGUGAUGAUUCCCGUGUCGCUGUACGUCACGCUGGAGAUCAUAAAGCUGAUGCAGGUGUACCACAUCCAUAACGAUCUGGAGCUGUACGACUCGGGCACCAACAAACGAACAGAGUGCCGCGCGCUCAACAUCACAGAGGAGCUGGGGCAGGUGCAGUAUCUGUUCUCGGACAAAACGGGCACCCUGACGGAGAACAAGAUGGUUUUUCGACAGUGUACCAUUGGCGGGAUCGACUACAGCCACGACGCUGUGAUGGAGGGCACCGGCAAGUUCGAGAAGCCGUCGUUUGUGCUGAACCGGCGCCUCCAGGACGAGCUGAGCCACAUGGACAUCCAGCUGUCUGUGGUGAACCACACCGGCGAGCUGCUCUUCACACCCCACGCGGCGCGGGUGCGCGACUUCUUCCUGCUGAUGGCCUGCUGUAACACAGUGGUGGUGGCCAAACACCCGCACAAAGACAAGUUGUCGUCCUCUGGCACCACCCUGCUGGAGGACAGUGCCGACGAGAGCUCCCAGACCAUCCAGAGCCAGACCCUGGCCACCACGCCCGAGGAGGCGCCGCUGGAGACCAGCGACGCGCCGGACUUUGUCCGCACGCCCAAAAAGUGGAGACGUAAGCUGGCCAUCGGUAAGACCGACUGGCUCUCUCUCCCGCUGAGUCUCCCUCGUAAGACGUCACGCUCCAACACGCCCACUCCGCGCGAGCUGCGGCCCAUCUUCGAGGCCGAGAGCCCAGACGAGAUGGCCCUGGUCGAGGCGGCCUACAAGUACAACGUCAAACUACUCCGAAGGACCAACACGCACAUGGUGGUGUCGCUGCCAGCCGAGGGUCUGGUGGAGUUCGAGAUCCUGAACGUGCUGCCAUUCGACUCGGACAGGAAGAGGAUGUCCGUCAUCCUUCGGCACGUGGCGACGCAGCAGAUUGUACUCUACACAAAGGGCGCCGACUCGAACAUGUUGCCCCUAGUGGAGACAGCCACCGACUACCAGUCGCAGGAAAUCCUCUACCGCACACAGCAGCAGCUCAACGUCAGCUCGCGGCGCGGACUGCGCGUCCUCGUGCUCGCCAAAAAGAACCUCUCCGAGGAGGAGUACCAGGACUGGCUGACCGCCCAUCGGGAGGCCGAGUCUCUGGUCGGCGGCCGCGAACACAAGCUGCAGCGGUCCUACGCCGCCAUGGAGAACCGACUCGAGCUGCUCGGGUGUACGGGUAUCGAGGACCGUCUGCAGGAAGGUGUACCAGAGACGCUGUGCGCCCUCCGAGAGGCCGGUAUCGUCGUCUGGGUGCUCACUGGAGACAAACAGGAGACGGCCAUCAACAUCGCCUACUCGUGUCGGCUCUUCAGCCAGGACAUGGAGGUCAUCAAAAUCAACGCCAGGAGUAAAAACGCCGCGGAGCGUACCGUCAACUUCUACCUGGACCAGCUGGAGAGGGAGCGGGCGGAGGUGGCCGGCGCGGGCGGCGGCGGCGGGGGCGGCGGCUGGAAGCGCCGGCCGCCCACCCCGGCCAGCCUCUGGUCCACCGACACAGCCAGCACCGUGGAGCGCGGCGGCAAAAAGGCGCUCGUCGUCGACGGAAAGACGCUCACGUACUUUUUGGACUCUCGGUCGCAGCUGCAGAUCCCGUUCCUGCGGCUGACCGGCCACUGUUCGGCCGUGCUCUGUUGUCGUACCACGCCGCUGCAGAAGGCCUACAUCGUGCGCAUCGUCAAGAACCAGCUGGGGGCGCUCACCCUGGCAGUCGGUGACGGCGCAAACGACGUCUCGAUGAUCCAGACGGCGGACGUGGGCGUGGGCAUCUCCGGCCAGGAGGGCAUGCAGGCCGUGAUGGCCUCCGACUUCGCGCUGGCCCGGUUCCGCUACCUGCAGCGCCUGCUGCUCGUCCACGGCCACUGGUGCUACGACCGCCUGGCGCGCAUGGUGCUCUACUUCCUCUACAAGAACGCCACCUUCGUGUUCGUCAUCUUCUGGUAUCAGCUGUACUGCGGCUUCUCGGGCGCCGUGAUGAUCGACCAAAUCUACCUGUCGCUGUUUAACCUCAUGUUCACAUCGCUGCCGCCGUUCGCCAUCGGUAUCUACGACCAGGACUGUCCGGCCGAGCUGCUGAUGGCACAGCCGCACCUCUACAACCAAGGCCGGUUAUCACAGGUCUACAAACCCCACUCGUUCUGGGUCAACAUGGCCGACGCCCUCUACCAGAGCAUAGUCAUAUUCUUCUUCGCAGCGCAGGCCUAUGAGGACACGUCGGUGGACAUCUGGGAGUUUGGCACCACCGUCACAGUCAUGUGUCUGGUCACGAUGCUGCUACACGCCUGCAUCGAGAUCAAGUCAUGGACGUGGAUCCACGCGGCGGCCAUCGUGCUCUCGCUGGUGUUCUUUUUCGUGUUCGCGCUGGUGUACAACGCCGUGUGUCUGGCGUUCCCGAGCCUGGCCGGCUCCUACUGGGUCAUACAGAUGGCCACGACGGACUCGCCCACUCUGUACCUGGCCGCCGUCCUGGCCGGAGUCACUGCCGUCCUGCCUAGACUGGUGACGCGGUCGUUGCAGCACACGUUCCGCCCGUCGCCGGUGGCGCGGGCCAUGCUGCGCCGCCGCCGCGCCGAGGAGAGCCACCCGAUGGAGGUUCUCUCCACGGUGCCCUGGUCCAGCAGCACCUCACUGUCGUCCGUAUCCGUGGUCAGGACGAGCGAGUACAGCGGGGUAGGGGAGCGUCUGGAGCAGAACGGUAUGCCCUCGGUGGCGUGAUGAGAGCGCAGUGGGAGGACUACGUGCCCUGUGAGGACCGUCUGAAGACCAACCGUCCACCGGGAGACCGUCUGAGGACAUCCCGUCCUCGUGAGAACAGCCCGAGGACUCCAGUCUCCGUGAGACGAUCCGAGGACUCUCUCCCCAAGGCUACCGUCGGAGCCAACAUCUCGUUCCUUUAGGACGUUCUGUGGGCUCCAGUCCUCAUGAGGACAGUCCGAGGACUAUGUCCUCCGAGUUACCAUCCCGUCUGUGGGGGACGGUCUGGAGACUGCAGUCCUCGUGAGGACGAUCUGGUCAUCCUGAAGGACCUUCUGUGAUCCCGGCUGCGCUGCGGCUGACCGGUCUAAAUAUGUUCCGUCUGUGAUAGUGGUCGGUGGGUGCAAGUGCCUUGGGAGAGCGACGUUCAUGACGCCCUGAAGACUGACGUGACGCCACACCAAGAAUGAGGAGCCAUUCCUAGGUCAUCGGACUGUCUGAUCUCUCGUCUGGAUAUCUAUGUGUCGGUUCUGUCGGUUCCGUUGUUUCUAUUCUUCACUUUCACCUACCAAAUACUGUGUUUUAUUAUCUUCGGGUUCAAGCAGCCUUCUUUGAUCCUGUUUUAUACCGCCUCCCUUCUGCGGUCUCUACCGUCUUGGCAUGGACCUGGCGUCUACCCGACCAUUUUAAUCAUGUUAGCAGUGCGGGCCAUCAUUCCAUCGCUGGCGAUUGCGCGUCGACCCUACUGGUUGAGUGAUUGAUUCAAUGCACUAUUUAUCCCAGCCCGUAUGCCUUCGUUUGUGCCUGCAUUUGUGUAAUUCAGCACGGAGAGUGGCCGUUGUCACUGUCGAAUCGGUUGUUAGUGCCUCAGUGAGGCGCCACUGUACUGUAAUGGGGUUAUUCGUUUUCGUGGGUUUUGAUACUUGUUUUGUAUUGGUCGUCAGUCUAGCAUGCUAUUUAUUAUAUAUCCCGGAGCGCCGCGGAGGUUAAUUAUAACUGAGCUGCGGUUGUAUGUGUGUUUGCGGUACAGUGCUUUACCCAGCUGCGGACCGGCCGAGUGUAGUGUGGUCGCCUCGGGCAGCCAGUUGUUGGUGUCGUGCUGAGCUCGCGUGGCGUGCCAUGUCUGUGCUGUCUGUCCGGGCCCCGGCCGGCCCUGUGGUGCGACCUGGGCGAGCCGGCGGCGGUCGGAGCGGUCGGUCAGAGGCGUGGUAUGUCGCCGCCCGCCGGCCGCCGCUGUUACGCACCUGUUUUGUUGGUGUUGUUGUCACGGCACUGAAUGUCCGAGCCUGCCAAUGGAUUGUGUCGUGAUGUGUGGACACUCCCCGCCCUCUCCCCACCUCCCUCCGCCCCUCUCUCCCUCCGCUCCGCUCGCUCGGCAACUGACCAACCUUCUUGUGCCAAACUGGUGACUGACCUGGCCUCUGGCCGUGUCCUGACCACUCCUCCCCCGGGUGUAACGAGUACACGGCGCUCCGUGUCGCAAUAUCUAGGGUCCAAGACAGCACCCCCUUAUCUCCCCUCUCCCACCUCCCCACUCUAUCCUCCCCACCCUCUCCACUCUGUCCUCACCACCGUGCCUUUGCCGCCUGUGGCCGGCAGAAGCCGUCGCGGUCAAUCUCAGAGGUCCACUGUUGCUGCCUUGACACGACGGCGGGGUAGCGUCUGUCGCACUAGGGUGUGCACGCACACGGGCCUUGAUGUUCAAAGGGGACACUGCUAAAAUUGGGCACACGUAUCGUGGUCAAAAGCACGUGGCACGCGGUCCCUCUGGUUCUUUUUACGUUCGUUUCUUAUUACAGCGUUCUGGACUCUGGUCGCUUUUUGAAAUACGUAAAGCCCUUGAAAAUAAUUCGAAGUAAGUAUUAAAUCUAUGCCCCCUCGGAUUCUUUCAGUUUCUGAAACGUGACAAUCGACCCAGUCAUCCGUUUCCCCAGUGAGCUUUUUCGUUGCCGUGCUCUUUCUAUCCCGGUUCCCCCACUGUCAUUGCUUCCAGCCUUUCCUUUCAUUGGUCCGUCACCUGACUCGUAAUAUUGACUUUCUCUCUGACAAGUGACAAAAACGGUUUCCUGACCUGACUAUUCCAUCCCGGACUUACCUUCCCCUCCCCAUCACGAUUUGCCACGUACCUGGACUAUCAUGUUGACCCUGUGAUCCCCUGUGACCCCCCAGUGACCCCCGUGACCUCGUGACCUCGUGACCUGUCCAGGCGAGCUGGCAGGUCGCCCAGAGCUCAGUGCACAUUCCAUUCGCUCGUCCCCGCCACCCCUUGUUGUGUCGGUGUGGUCGCCUAUUUUGGGAAAUAAAUCGAGAUGUGUUAUUGUA